AUCAGAAUACCUAUACCUAAUUGCUUUGAUUAUGUUAUCUAAACAUGUAAAAGUUUGUGUGGGUAAAGAGAAUGUACGUGCGUAAGGUUUAACAUCAGAUAUUUAUAAAAAUGUUUCCUCUUCUCCUCAUCUACAUAUUCAGCGAUUCCCGGUACAAAAUCGACAAGUUCUGGUACCACUUCUUCAAUCAUCCCCACCAUUGAAACCACUCCUGUUAUAACUGAAGCUACUACUAGUGCUACCACUCCUGCUCCCACUACCGUCCCCCCUCAGCCGAUUCCGUCUUCUGCCAUAGAGAGCUUCUUCUACACCAAGGUUAACAAUGACGUCCCUACAACAUUGGUUUGUGUCGUGACAGGAUCACCUCCACCGACCUCUGAAAACAUCAGCGUCACCUAUGCAGCCGGUGGAGAUGAAGGAAUUGUCCUUCUGGAGACCAAUGUCAAUGAAUCAACCAGGACAUCCCGGUACCAGGUUAGGGUGAGUCUCGCUGAGGCACCCCAGAAUUUCAAUUGUCUUUUGCGCAGACUGGACGGAGAAAGUGUCUCGAAAGAUCUGGCUGUCUCUGUUUAUGAACCUCCAAGCUUUGUUGAAGCUAACAUACUGGUCCAAGACAUGACAUCUCACUCAAUCACCAUAAGGUGGACACCUUGGAUUGAGAAUAAUGAUCGUGGUAAUGGGCCUGUGAUUGGAUAUCGAGUCUACUACAACACACCCGGACAGGAUGACAUAGCCAGCGCUUCAGGAGAUCUCAUCAGAGAUACACAUUUCACGAUCACUAAUUUGACACUAGACACAGAGUAUGAUUUCAGAAUGACUGCUUCUAGAGAGGGGCCAGCUGGUGAAGGGACGUACAGCCAAGUAGCUAGUGCUAGGACAAAGUGUACUGCACCUUCUCAGGCGCCUGUUUUGUCUGUGAGAAAUAGAGGUCAAACACCCAUCACUUUGGAUUGGGAGGUAAUACCAGAGGGAUCAUGGGGAUGCAGUGCCCUUUCUGGAUUAGCAAUCAAUGUUAGCACCAAUGGACAAAAUGGCUUGCCUCGAACCUUGUCAUUUGAUACUACGGCAGGUACUGCUAACAUUGGACAGCUUGAGGAUUGUAGUACGUAUAACAUCAGCGCAGCAUUUAGAAACAAAGACGAGCUGGGGAUCUAUUCAGAAAUGUUGUCAGUGAGCACGUCUUUGAUACGACCCGCACGUGUAGAAACCUUACAGAUGUCUGCUUCAACCACACAAAUGGAAGUAAGCUGGGCACUAUCAUCUAGCAUAUGCUCCCCUGACUACUAUAUCAUACGCUACAGUCUCUAUCAGAAGCUUGCCUGCCAAUCCCCAGAAACCACCCCAACAGAGUUUGAAGUGAACACCAACGCCAAACAAUUCAAUAAUCUAGUGGGGUUGGAGCCUUACUCGCGAUACCAGAUCACAGUUACAGCUGUAAAUGGUGCCGGGCAGAGUGAACCCGCGAUUGGCUAUUCAGAUACCAGGCCAGGACCACCGUCCAACAUUACAAAUGUCAGGGUUAAUCCAGAAAGAACGUCUCCAACACGAUUAGGAUUCACCUGGCAACCUCUCAACUGUAGAAAUGUGAAUGGAGUCUUCUGGUACUACUUUGCAAGAAUCUACAAGGAUGGUGAUGUGAGUAAUCAAGCGAGUGGGAGGACAUACUUGGAUGAUGACAUUUCAUACUCAUCAGUAGAGUUCAAUGGUCUUGAGGCUUGCACGGUGUAUGAACUAAAUAUCAAUGCCGUCAACCGUGGUGUGUUUACUCCUGGAAAUCUGUCUCAUGCUAUCGGUGUAACGGGAGUCACUUUCACAAGUGCAUCCGCUUAUGCAACUGAGGAUCAACCCGGUCUGAUAGUUAAUUGGCGUGUUCCGUCUCAAUGUAAUGUGGAUUACUACAGAUUAUCAUAUCAACUCAUCUCACGUAAGGCAUGUCAAGAUGCUCCUGUAAUAGAUGCUCCAGUCUACGAACUCAACAUCACAUCAAAUACCACAUAUGUCUCCGAAUACCUUUUAGACUUGGAAUAUUACGCAACUUAUAGCAUCUACAUCAUAGCUAUGAUAAUGAGAACAGAGAGUCUACCUAUGAAUGUUAAUGGAGACACACAAGAUGGAGACCCCUCUGCUAUCGAGUCAGUGUCGUACACCUCUACUGCCCACUCCUUGCGCUUUGUGUGGGAGGAACCCUCUUGUGAAAGCCUACUUGGUGUCUUUGGUGGCUUUGACUACGAGCUCUUUGGUGGGCAGAGAACUGCCCGGUAUAUCUUGUACACACGAAGGAACUUUAAUAUCGCUUCAGAAUAA